UGGCAGAAGUGGGGGAGCAUCGGGUGCCUGGUGGUGACCGCGCUGUGGAGUGAGGGGCGGCUGUGAGGGGGCGAGGUGGACCCGGGUGUGUCCCGACGCGGUCGCCUGGGCGAGGAUAGCGAGUCGGGAGGCGCCGAGGUCGCGUGGUCCGUUUCCGAAGCUUCUCUUGACAACUGGACACACCUUAAGUUUGCCCCCGUUUCGGUUGUCUGGGAUGCGAGAACGAAAUUUAAAGAUGCCCGAGAACACUCGGAGACUUUCCCGGGGUGUUUUCCUUGCCCAGUGCCGGAGAGCUGCUUUCUUUUUCCUGGAUGGAAACGCAGAGGCCAGAUUUGUUUAAUUGCCCAAUUACCGCUGAUGAAGAUAAGUUGGAGUAACUGCUGAAACUGAAUUUUAUUGACCAGAAGACAGUCCAUUUGUUUUUCUUUUUUUUUUGUUUUCCCUACUGCUUUGAGCUUUUACUGUAACGGCUGCAAAACUUGGAAAAUAAAGUGAACAUGCUGUGGUCUUGAACAUAAUUUUUUUUUUGGAGGAAAAAUAUAAGUGCCAGAGUGAAAACCAGAAUGGCAUCCAGAGAGAGGCUCUUUGAACUUUGGAUGCUUUAUUGUACAAAGAAAGAUCCAGAUUACCUGAAGCUAUGGUUGGAUAAUUUUGUUUCUAGCUAUGAACAGUUUUUAGAUAUUGACUUUGAAAAGCUGCCUACCAGGGUAGAUGAUGUGCCUCCAGGAAUAUCUCUGCUUCCUGAUAAUAUUCUGCAGGUUCUGAGGAUCCAGCUACUACAGUGUGUUCAGAAAAUGGCAGAUGGGUUAGAGGAACAACAACAAGCUUUGUCAGUUUUGCUUGUCAAGUUCUUCAUUAUUCUUUGCAGGAAUCUAUCUAAUGUGGAAGAAAUUGGGACUUGCUCAUACAUUAAUCAUGUCAUCACUAUGACAACACUCUUUAUUCAGCAAUUAAAAAGCAAAAAAAAAGAGAAGGAACUGGCAGAUCAGACAUCUAUCGAAGAAUUUGUUAUCCAUGCACUGGCAUUUUGUGAAAGCUUGUAUGAUCCAUAUCGGAAUUGGAGGCAUAGAAUUUCAGGACGAAUCCUUAGUGCUGUGGAAAAGAGCAGACAGAAAUAUAAACCAGCUUCUCUCACAGUGGAGUUUGUCCCUUUCUUUUAUCAGUGUUUUCAGGAAAGUGAACAUCUCAAGGAAAGUCUUAAGUGUUGUUUAUUGCAUCUCUUUGGAGCCAUUGUAGCUGGUGGACAGAGGAAUGCCUUGCAAGCAAUUUCUCCAGCCACCAUGGAAGUUCUUAUGAGAGUUUUGGCAGAUUGUGAUUCCUGGGAGGAUGGAAAUCCUGAAGAAGUGGGUAGAAAGUUAGAACUUACUUUAAAGUGCCUCACAGAAGUUGUACAUAUCCUUCUCACUAGCAGCUCUGACCAACGUCAAGUGGAAACCAGUGCUCUUCUGGAGACCUAUUUUAAAUUGCUAAACUCAGAUCAUUCAGCUUUAUCUAGUCAAAGGAGGUCCAGACAGUGGCAAAGCCGGUUCAUAGCUUUGCAGAUCAAAAUGUUGAAUACCAUCACAGCCAUGUUAGACUGCACAGACAGGCCUGUUUUGCAGGCCAUUUUUCUAAACAGUAAUUGCUUUGAACAUCUCAUACGACUACUACAGAACUGCAAGCUAUUUUUAAAUGCUAACAAUAAGGUGGCAGACAAGAACAAGAAAGACCUUGCCAACAAAUUACUGACAGAAAUGAAUGAGGACCAGAUGUUGCAGGGACAAUUGGAUUGUUUGGCUGUUUCAACCAUUCAGGCUUUGACAGCAGUAAUGAACAAAUCUCCAGCUGCUAAGGAAGUAUUUAAAGAAAGAAUUGGUUAUACCCAUAUGUUUGAAGUAUUAAAAUCCCUGGGUCAGCCACCACUGGAACUACUUAAAGAACUUAUGAAUAUGGCUAUAGAGGGUGACCACACUUCAGUUGGGAUUUUGGGCAUUAGUAAUGUCCAGCCUCUCUUGCUUCUUAUCCAGUGGCUUCCAGAGCUAGAAUCCCAUGAUCUGCAAAUCUUCAUUUCUGAUUGGCUGAAAAGAAUUUGUUGUAUUAAUAGGCAAAGUCGAACUACUUGUGUCAAUGCAAAUAUGGGAAUUCGAAUCAUUGAAACCCUUGAUUUCCAUUCUUACCUUCAUCGAACUUGUGCUGAGAACCUGAUUGCACUUCAUGGAUCCUUGGGGAGUCAGUCAGUGAGCUCAGAAGAAAUCCGUCGACUACUAAGAUUGCUGAGAGUGGAUGAAUCUGAGUAUAUUCACCCUUACACCACUCCUGUGACUCGAGCAAUCCUGACAAUGGCCCGAAAGCAAAGUCUAGAGAGCGCACUUCAGUAUUUUAAUUUGUCACAUAGUAUGACAGGAAUUUCUGUGCCUUCCAUACAGAAAUGGCCAGGGUCUGCGUUUUCUUUCAGUGCUUGGUUUUGCUUAGAUCAGGAUCAGUUGACUCUUGGCAACGCUAACAAAGGAGGAAAAAGAAAACAAUUGUACAGCUUUUUUACAGGAAGUGGCAUGGGUUUUGAAGCUUUUAUUACCCAUUCAGGGAUAUUGGUUGUGGCAGUGUGCACAAAACGAGAAUAUGCUACAGUUAUGCUUCCUGACUACAGUUUCUGUGAUUCCCUCUGGCACAAUAUAACUAUUGUCCACAUGCCUGGAAAAAGGCCCUUUGGUCAGAGCUUUGUCUAUAUCUACGACAAUGGACAGCAGAAGGUGUCUGCCCCUCUCAGAUUUCCUGCCAUGAAUGAACCUUUUAUUUCCUGCUGCAUUGGUUCAGCUGGGCAAAGAACCACCACUCCUCCACCAUCCCAAAUCCCAGAUCCACCUUUUUCUUCUCCCAUUACCCCUCAUCGGACAUCGUUUGGUGGAAUUCUGUCAUCAGUCUCCUGGGGAGGAGCAGCUGAAAAAUCAAAACUGAUUACCAAAUUGAUAUCAGCUGGAACCCAAGACAGUGAAUGGGGAUGUCCCACAUCUCUGGAGGGUCAGCUAGGGUCUGUUACCAUCUUCUAUGAAGCACUACAGCCUCCUCAGGUGAAGGGAUUAUAUUUAGCAGGUCCAAACUGUUUAAGCCCUUGGAAGUUUCAAGAGUCUGACAUGGCUGACCUGCCUGGUAACGUCCUUCUUCACUACACUGCAAAGGCUUGCAAAGAUUCAAUCUGUCUUGAUUUAUCUACUAAUUGUUUGCAUGGAAGAUUAACAGGAAACAAAGUAGUGAAUUGGGACAUUAAGGACACCAUAAACUGCAUAGGUGGAUUAAAUGUACUCUUUCCUCUAUUGGAACAAAUCACCCACUUUAGUGAAAGACAGAUUGCUGAAGGGAUGAAUGAAAGCACAGUUUCUGAACUGAUAACACCUGUAGAUGGAGAUUGGGUGGUAUUGACUUCAACAAAGGCUUCAGAGUCAAGACUGGAGAGAAAUUUAAUUGCAACAUUUAUCUUGAUUGUGAAACACUUUAUUCAAAGACAUCCUAUCAACCAGGACAAUCUUAUUCACUCCCACGGAGUAGCUACCCUUGGUGCCUUACUUCAGAAGGUGCCAAGCCCCUUGAUGGAUGUUAAUGUAUUGAUGGCAGUCCAAUUACUAAUUGAACAAGUGUCAUUGGAGAAAAAUAUGCAGCUCCUACAACAAAUUUAUCAGUAUUUACUCUUUGAUUUCCGUAUUUGGAAUCGUGGAGAUUUUCCCUUUCGAAUUGGUCAUAUCCAAUACCUUACCACCAUCAUCAAAGACAGCAGGAGAGUUUUCCGAAAGAAGUAUGGCGUGCAGUUUCUCUUAGAUACACUUAGGAUUUAUUAUGGGAAUGAUUGCAAAUAUAGUGAGCUGUCUCUAGAUGAUAUUCGAACAAUAAGGACUUCUUUGUAUGGGCUCAUUAAAUAUUUUCUGUGCAAAGGUGGAACUUAUGAAGAGAUACAAAGUAUUAUGGGUUACAUAGCUGCUGUCAGUGAAGAAGAACAGCUCUUUGGAAUUUUGGAUAUACUCUUCAGUCUUCUACGUACCAGCCCAACCCGAGGCCAGCUUUUCUUACUGCUGUUUGAACCAGGAAAUGCUGACAUACUUUAUGCCUUGCUCUUAAAUCAAAAGUAUUCUGACAGACUAAGAGAAAUCAUUUUUAAGGUUAUAGAACAAAUGUUGAAAUGCACAAAUGUUUAUGAACGAAGUAAACAACGUAUUCGACUUAGAGAAGUUGGCUACUCAGGAUUGGGACUCCUUCUCAAUGAAGCACCUGUUACUACAUCUCUUAUUAAAAGCCUCACUAAUCAAAUCAUAAAUACAGAUCCUGUUAUUAAUUUCAAGGAUCUGUUAUCUGUCGUAUAUCUGUCUCACAGAGCAUAUAUAAACGUCAGGGUGGUCAUCUGCAGAAAGAUUUUACAGAUUUUACAGUCCCAGACAGAUGCAGCGCAUCAAAUAUCUCAACAAGUGGGUUGGCAAGACACUUUAGUUAGGCUUUUUUUAAAAGAUAAUUUUGAAAAUGGAAAUACUUUUCAGAAGCAAAUUAGGACUGUUUUGAUGAAAGACAAUGAUAAACUUGUAUCAGCUGAAGGUAUUAAGAGGAACUUUGAUGAAAAGACUGAUGAAGAAAAAACCGACACUUCUGCCUCAGCUAACAAGUCUUCAGAUCAGUGGAGUUUAGAAGACAGACAUUCUUUAGACUCAAACACACCAUUAUUUCAAGAAGAUAGUUCAGUGAGAGUGUUAUCUUUUAAAUCAGAGAAUCAAGAAGAAUUCUGGCAUAAUAACCUCUCACAUUUGAGUUUAGAUUUCAGUGGAAUUGACUCAUGUGAACUGGGUGAUAUUGGAAAUCAAAUGCCAGACAGUCUGCCUAGCACACCAUCCCCAAUAGAGUCUUCUAAACCAUUUUCUGGGCAGUCUGACAAAGAAAGCAGCAUUACAAAUGAUACAGGCUUCAGUGAUGAUUUCUCUUUACUUGAAAGCCAAGAGAGAUGUGAGGAGGAGCUUCUUCAAUUACUGACAAAUAUUUUGAACUAUAUAAUGUGUAAGGGACUAGAAAAAUCUGAUGAUGAUACUUGGAUUGAACGCGGGCAAGUGUUUUCGGCACUAACUAAACCAGGAAUGUCCAGUGAACUACUGCGACCAUCAGAUGAAAUAAAACUAAUUUUGCUACAGAAGAUGUUAGAAUGGGCUGUCACAGAAAACAGAGAAGCAAAACUUAAUCCAGUAACUGCUGAAAAUGCCUUCCGACUCAUGCUGAUCAUACAGGACUUUCUGCAGUCAGAGGGACUUGUUAAUUCUAACAUGUGGACUGAAAAGCUCUUAGAGGAUAUGAUGCUGCUCUUUGACGGCCUGUCAGUUUGGUAUUCUGAAAGUCCAAUAUGGGCAAAACUUUCUCAAAUUCAAAUCCAGUUGCUUCUAGGAUUCAUUGGACGGGGUGAUUUGCAGGUUUGUGCAAUGGCAUCAGCUAAGCUAAAUACCCUUCUUCAGACCAAAGUGAUUGAAAAUCAAGAAGAAGCGUGUUACAUUUUAGGGAAGCUGGAAUAUGUUCUAAGUCAAUCCAUCAAGGAACAGACUGAAAUUUACUCAUUUCUGAUUCCCCUUCUCCGUACCCUGGUUUCCAAAGUUUAUGAGCUUCUCUUCAUGAACUUGCACCUGCCCUCAUUUCCUUUUACCAAUGGUAGCUCCUCAUUUUUUGAAGAUUUUCAAGAAUAUUGCAGUUCAAAUGAAUGGCAAGUUUACAUUGAAAAAUAUAUUGUACCUUAUAUGAAGCAAUAUGAAACCCACACAUUUUAUGAUGGUCGUGAGAACAUGGCACUUUACUGGAAGGAUUGUUAUGAAGCCUUAAUGGUGAAUAUGCAUAGACGAGACCGGGAAGGAGGAGAAAGCAAGCUCAAGUUUCAGGAGUUUUUUGUGGAGCCAUUUAAUCGAAAAGCCCGCCAAGAGAAUUUAAGGUAUAAUAGUAUUCUUAAACAACUUAGCAGUCAACAGGUAGCCACGCUGAGAUGCUGGAAGGCAAUACAGCUCUAUGUUACAUGUGAAAGAGGACCUUGGGCUGAAAGGAAACAAAAUCCAAUUCACUGGAAACUAGCUAAUGUAGAAAAUUACUCCCGCAUGAGACUUAAAUUGGUGCCAAAUUAUAGCUUCAAAAGCCAUGAUGAAGCUAGCGCCUUGAGAGAUAAUCUAGGUGUCCAACACUCACAGCCUUCCAGUGAGUCAUUGCUUUUGGAAGCAGUGAAACAAGUAAAAGUUAGUGGUAUGGAAGAGGAUAAAUUAGACAUUCCUGAAGAAGAUACAACAGCCAGAGUAAAUGUUAAUGAGAAAGAAGAACAGGAUCAAAAAGAAAAAUUGGUGCUCUCAGAAGACUGUGAACUCAUUACAAUAAUUGAUGUAAUUCCUGGCCGAUUAGAAAUCACUACUCAGCACAUUUACUUCUAUGAUGGCAGCAUUGAAAAAGAAGAUGGAGUAGGCUUUGAUUUCAAGUGGCGUCAUUCUCAAGUUCGAGAGAUUCACCUGCGACGUUACAACUUAAGGAGGUCAGCCCUUGAGAUUUUUCAUGUUGACCAAUCCAACUACUUUCUCAAUUUCAAAAAAGAGGUUAGAAACAAAGUGUAUAGCAAACUGUUGUCACUUCAUUCUCCAAAUAGUUAUGGAACCAGAUCACCACAGGAAUUAUUCCAAACAUCAGGAUUGACACAGAAAUGGGUGAACAGAGAAAUAUCAAAUUUUGACUAUCUAAUUCAAAUAAAUACAAUGGCAGGACGAACCUAUAAUGACCUCGCACAGUAUCCUGUGUUUCCCUGGAUUUUACAAGAUUAUACUUCAGAAGAGUUGGAUCUUAAUAAUCCAUCUGUAUUUCGAGACCUUUCCAAACCAAUUGGAGUAGUUAAUGAUAAAAAUGCCAAAGCCGUGAGAGAAAAAUAUGAAAAUUUCGAGGAUCCUAUGGGAACUAUUGAUAAAUUUCAUUAUGGUACUCACUAUUCAAAUUCUGCCGGGGUGAUGCACUAUCUUAUUCGUACAGAACCGUUCACCACUCUUCAUAUCCAGCUUCAGAGUGGAAGGUUUGACUGUGCAGAUCGACAAUUUCAUUCCAUCCCUGCUACCUGGCAGGCUCUCAUGGACAAUCCAUAUGAUGUGAAGGAACUUAUUCCUGAGUUCUUCUACUUCCCAGAGUUUUUGGAAAAUCAAAAUCAAUUUAACUUGGGUCAUCUACAAGUUUCCAAAGAACUAGUAAAUGAUGUAAUUCUCCCCAAAUGGGCUAAGUCAGCUGAAGAUUUCAUCUGUAAACAUAGGAAAGCUCUGGAGUCUGAAUAUGUUUCUGCUCAUCUUCAUGAAUGGAUAGAUUUGAUUUUUGGCUAUAAACAGAGAGGGCCAGCUGCAGUGGAAGCCCUCAAUGUUUUCUAUUACUGUAGUUAUGAAGGAGCUGUGGAUCUGGAUGCCUUAACAGAUGAGAAGGAAAGAAAAGCCUUAGAAGGGAUGAUUAAUAAUUUUGGGCAAACUCCUUGUCAACUGUUAAAGGAACCACAUCCUCCUAGAUUAUCAGCAGAAGAAGCAGUACAGAAGCAGACCAAAACAGAUACUUCAACCCUAAACCUCUUUCAGCACCUCCCUGAACUCAAGUCAUUUUUUAUAGAGGGUAUCAGUGACAAUAUUCCACUUAUAAAGGCCAUUGUCCCCAAAAAUCAGUCUCGUUCUUUUAUGUCUCAAGGCAGUCCUGAGUUACUGAUAACAGUAAGUAUGAAUUCUGUUAUUGGAACCCACGGAUGGCUGCCUUAUGACAGAAACAUUUCUAAUUACUUUACAUUCAUCAAGGAUCAAACUGUGACAAAUCCCAAAACUCAGCGUAGUAUGAAUGGUCCUUUUGCUCCAGGGCUGGAGAUUACUUCUAAACUGUUUAUAGUAUCACAUGAUGCAAAGUUGCUUUUCAGUGCUGGACACUGGGAUAAUAGCAUUCAAGUGAUGUCACUUAUAAAAGGCAAAAUUAUUUCACACAAUAUUAGACAUAUGGAUACUGUGACUUGUUUAGCUACAGAUUACUGUGGAAUACAUUUGAUUUCUGGUUCCAGAGAUACUACAUGUAUGAUAUGGCAAAUAACGCAACAGGGAGGCGUUCCUGUGGGUUUAGCAUCUAAACCCUUUCAGAUUCUAUAUGGACACACUGAUGAGGUAUUGAGUGUCGGCAUCAGCACUGAGCUAGACAUGGCAGUAUCAGGAUCAAGGGAUGGCACUGUGAUUAUACAUACCAUUCAGAAAGGUCAGUACAUGAGGACUUUACGACCACCUUGCGAGAGUUCUCUGCUCCUGACCAUUCCCAAUUUGGCUGUAUCUUGGGAGGGACAUAUUGUCAUCUACUCCAGCAUUGAAGAACAGAUCAACCUCAAGGAUAAGAAUGCGUUACAUCUGUUUUCUGUAAAUGGCAAGUAUCUAGGGUCUCAAGUCCUCAUGGAACAAGUAUCAGAUAUAUGUAUAAUUGGCGAACACAUUGUCACAGGCAGCUUACAAGGGUUCCUGUCCAUAAGAGAUCUGCACAGCUUGGAUCUCUCCAUCGACCCAUUAACCAUGAGAUCGCCUAUCCACUGUGUUUGUGUAACCAAAGAAUACAGCCAUAUUCUUGUAGGAUUAGAAGAUGGCAAAUUGAUUGUUGUGGGUGUUGGCAAGCCAGCCGAGGUAAAACGUAGCAUCAAGAAUUUCAUUUCUCGUACUGUUGGGGAUUCCUUUGGUGGUUCUUCAUUCCAGAUGAAUCAGAAGUCUCCAUUAUGGAUAAACAAAUUAAAAAACAAGUUUGAUUUUUCAAAGGGUAGUGAAUGAAGAAGGGAUAAAGCUAGUAUUCAACAGUGAUAUUUAUAUUAUGCUAUAAUUGAAAGCACACAUUUGACAGUGUCCUUCUGUUAUUCUAUAUGAAUAAGAGAGUUACUUUUUUCACUACCUUUCUAAACCUCGUUUCAAGACCACUACUUGGAUUUUUGAUAAAAGCUUUUAUAAGAAAUGAAAUAUAAACUUAAUGAAACUAUUUAAUUUCAACAAAUACCCAGCAUAACUGUAUGUCAGUUGUCCUUAUGUAAAAACACUAUUUUUUACUUGGAACUACAAAUACCCACAUAUAAUAUGUUAAUUCUCAAUGUGUGUGUCCUAUAGUUACUGUAAAUUUAUUUUUCAGUGGCUUGUCAAUUAGUAAAUAUUCAUAUAUCAGAAAUCUAAUGCUAUUUGUAAGAAAAUUUAGUGGCUCUACUCCACUAAGUAAUUUAGUGAUUGUCUAGAAAAUUACUCUUAUUACAUAGAGUCAAAUUAAGCAAUGUAAAUUUUUAUUGAAGCCAUCAGUCUCUUCUGAGAAAUCUAAAACAUGACAUAUCUAAGGGUUAUUAUUUCUAGAGAAGACAUUACUGUAUAACACACUGUCACUGUUUCUAAUAAACCCAUCAUAGAUCAUAGGAACCUUUUUUUCCUUGUGAUUUUGUUAGUUUCAUACUCUUUCAGAAUAUUAUUUUAAUGAAAGAGAGGUCUUAUUAACACAAUUGCAACAAUAUUUACUUUCAGGUGUGUAACAGUCUUCCAGACAACCUCAGGAAGUUUAUAUAUUGGUGUUUCAUUUAUAUUUAAAACAAUUUAAGCGUUUUAAGUAAUAUAAUUUCUUGAUUAACUUCUUAAAUAAAUAUUGCCCUCCUGUCCUAUGCUAAAAUAAUGUUUAAGAACUCUGUUCAGAUUCACUGCAAAUAUAUUUCGCUUUCUGAGGUUUACUCAAGUGACUUUUCAACUUGGCUACCCUCCCCCUACGUAAGGUAAUUUGUCAGUUUCUGAUUUCACUGAAUCUUUUCAAAUGAAUCAUUAUGUGCACACAUUUUCUUAUAAAGAUUAAUUUGGGAAAAAAACAUCUAAGCAGAUUCAUUUCAUAGGCCUAAACCAAUGUUCAGUAAUAUUUAUCAAAUAGUUUUUUGUUCUCAUUGACAGAUCUAUUACACAUACAAUCUGAAUUGUGUACAGAUUUGGCACGUACAAGUAUUUUUUAUCAGUUUUUCAUCUUUGAAUGUACUAGCUGAAGUAGUAAAUAAUCUAACUGAAUACUUAGAAUCUUAUAUAAUUAAAAUAUAAUUCUAUGACAGUGUAGAAAUUAAUUAGAUCAGCACUUAGUUGUGAAAAUAUUUGUUUCAAGAUCUAUUUUUAUCUAAAAAUUCAAAAUCUUGAUUAAUGUGUAUUUUUAAAUCAUGUCAAUUUUUAUAUAUUAGACUGUCAGUAUGAAAUUCAUAUUUAUAAAUCAGGUGGUAAAGUGGUAGUAGGUUAAUGGAAAUAAUGUUUCUGGAAAUACAUCUAGAAAUGAAAAUGAAAAACAAGCAUGGCAAAGUGUCUUUGCAUGAGGCUUGUCUUUUAUCACUCCAAUAAAUGUACCCUAGAAAGUAAUAAUUAAAAAAGGAUGGCAGAUGAUUCAUCAAUAAAAAGUUUGUACUUGGGAUAGUAACUACAACAAAUCAUAUGGCUAGAUUGAAAAAUGUUUCCUUUGUGGGGUUUUUUGCCCUACCUAGAUAUGUAAGCACUUUUAGAGGGGCUUUAUUCACUGAUUCAGUUAAUAUUUAAUUAAUAAUUAUUAUAUACUGAGAAGUAUGCUAGGUGGUACAGAGUUAAUGAUGGACAAGUGAUUCUUAUCUUUAAAGAGCUUAUGCUGUUAUUUUCUAAGUUACUUUUCAUCUUUUGUUACAUAUAUUUUUUAAUUCUUAUAUCAGAAUAUUUCAAAAUUUAUUUUCAAAAUAUUAUUUUACUUAUUACCCUUGUGAUUGACAUUAAUAGUACUGCAAAUACAAAAGGAGAAAAUCCUCAAAUGUAUGUGUUUCAUUAGCUAGAUUAAGUAUAAUUUAAGAAUACUAUUUUAAUGAAGUAAAAUACAUUUUUGUUAAUAUAUAAAGGAGGGGAUCUGGUAAUUUUGAUAUAACUGGGAUAUUUCAUUUAAAAUUUACAUAUUGCUGUUAGACCUUUUACAACUGAAAGACAAUCAGUGUAGAAAAGCCUUUCUUUACCUAUAAUUAAUCAAGAAUCAUUAAACAUGUUAAUAAUUCUGCUAACAAAACAUUUCCUCCACAUCCUAUAAAAUCAAUGUCUUGUAUAUAUAUUUGAUUCAUUUUUUUUUCUUGCUUUCUUAAUAACAUCUAUUCUUCAUUUCUCUGGAUUACUUUAAACAGAUGCGCUCAGGUCAGCUUUCUCGAAAAUUGUGGGGAUCUAGCAAGCGGCUCAGCCAGAUUUCAGCAGGAGAAACUGAAUAUAAUACUCAAGAUUCCAAGUGAUUGUUAUUUCCAUAUUCUAUCAUGGAUAACUGAAACUUUCGACUUACUGCUUUGUCACUUUAACCACAUCUCUCAACUAUCUGAAAUGUUGCAAGGGCUUUUAUCCUUGAAAAUCAUUUAGGGAUUAUCAGAAUUUGGUAUGACAUGUGUAUACAGACAAAGGUUGUAUAUUAUCUACUUUAAAAAUUCCAGUUAACAUUAUUGAAUCUAAUCUUAUUAACUAAUUGUUCAUCUACACUAAAGUAGAUUUGAGAAAAUUUAUUUGAUUAGAUUUAGUGGUCCAUUCCUAAAGAUCAUUGGAUCCAUUUUUAAAAACAAACUUCUAAAAAUGAAGAAGUUAAAUUCAAUUUGUUUAUUAUUCUUAACAGGAAAAUUUAAGUUAUUUACACAAAAGAGUACAAAUAAUGAGACAAUUGAGAGACAUGGCUUUCCAUACAUCCUUUAGUUAAUAAUUUUCCUAUUUACUGACCAUUAUUUUAAAAAACAUCAGUUUAUUUAUGGAACUCCUGAUUGAGUAAUAUUUUAAAAGAAUCUGUUUCAUAACUGGAUUUUAAAACAGUAUAAAUUCCAAGUUUUCAUGAUGGGUUGAAAAUAAGACUAUUGAAACUGGUACACUGGCACAUUCCACUACUAUUUAGCACAUUACUAAUGAGAUUUUAGUGAAAUAUAUUAUUAUCCUUAAGUAAUCAAGUUUAAGGGAAUAAGAGAACCUAGAGAUACAUUUUGUAGAUGUAUUUUAUUAGUAGCAUAAAUAAGGAAAAAUGUUCAUUAUGAUUUUGACAGUUGGGUCAUGUUAAGUAGGAUUUGCAGCAUAAUUUGUAUCUACAAAGUUUGAAUUUUCUUGGCUUUUCUUUACUAAGCAAGUACUGUGAUUUUUCCCCCAGAUAUUAAAGUGUUAGCAAUGAAACGCAAAUAUAUUAAGUUUUUACCUAGGACUUUUGUGUGAUUGAUGAAUGAAUUGAAAAGCAUAGGCAUAACUUAAACUAGUCUUUAGAUAUAGUGGUAUUUUUAAAUGUGCAUUUCUUAUUUCAUGCUAUAUAUAAAUUUUAGAAUUACAAUGAAUUUUAUUAUACAUAGCUAAAUGAUAUAUUUUGCUUUACUAUUCAAGAUUUUAAAAUAAAAGGUUGAUAGAUAUAUUUUGGAAUUCAAAGGGACUGUUAAACCUAGUGCUUUUAUAAGCUCCUCUUUUGAGUUUGGUCAGAGAGCUUUUAUAACCAUAAGUGUCCUUUAUCUGAGAUUCCAUAGGUUUUGAGGAAUUUAAGAAUCCCCCGAAAUUAUUCAAAAAGUCUGUAUAUUAACUCAUUUUUUCAGGAGUGAAUGGUUGUGUGGCUUUCUUAAAGUGGUAUAUGAUCAGAAAAAAAAAGCUUUUGCAAUAAUAUCUUCUUAAAGUAAUAUUCCUUUUAUUCCACAAAUCAUAAAUUUCUUUAUAUCCAAUUGUUUUCUCAGCUGAAUCUUUUCCCUCUUCAACUCUUCCCUGUUGCCCACAGUAUCUAAUACUCUUUUCUUUAUAAUCCUGUGAGUGAGUAAAAAUUGUUUAAGAUGUGAAGGGUUCUGUUUGGGAAGCUUUUUGAAUAGAUUAGAUCUAUUUGAGUGAAGACUAAUGAAAGGUUGUAUAAAAAUUUUCUUUCCAAUUACUUAAAAUCCUCUGGUUUAUUCAGAAAAAAAGUUAUGUUUAGGUGAACAAUACUGAAAUAAACUAGUGCAGUGAGUGUAAAGUAGAACAUAAGUAAGUGUGAAGGUUUCCUUCUUGAGGACUUCAGGAGUUUGCGGUGAAAAUGUCUCAAAACAAAUCAAUAGACAUAAUGAUGAUUUACUGAGACUUACUGCUUCUUCGAGUUUACUUCAUUCUAUUUCCUUUUUUAUCUUACUCAUUUUCGUAGGUUUCAAAUCAGCAGAACCAACACGAUUGAGUUUUGGCAUUUUAAAAGUUGAUUUUUGGAAAAAUGAUUUCUAAGUCAAAACUUUAGAAAGUUCUCUUUUGCUUAUUUAUCCAGGGAUUUUGGUAUAAGGAUGCCUUUGUUAUUUUUAAGGUCAUUUAAUACUGGUUUUGGAAGUCAUUUUGGAUGCUUAUAAGUUACAAAAAGUUUAUCAGGGAAAAAUUCCUAAAUUUAUGGUGUUUACUUUGCUGCUUUUUAGAUGGGGGAAUUGGACAAGCAGUCUUCAUUUUAUAGCACAAAUAAGAAGCAUCUUUGUUCACAGUAAAAUAGAUACCCUACAUAGACUAACAGUAGAUGUCAGAACAGUAGAAUUAUUAUACCUUUUCCAAAAAGUAAAAGCCAAAAAUAUAGAACUUCGAGGAAAAUCUUUGUCAGCAGUCUGGAAGAAUAGAACUUAAAAAGUUUAUCUAAUAAACAAAUACAGUAGAACCAUUAGCUGAAUAAUAUAUUCCUCAUUUAAACAUUUUAGCACAUUGAAUUAAAAAUCACUAGGUAAAAUCACUGGAAAGAUAUACUUUGGGGAAUUCUGGUCUAUUUGAAUGUUAUCCAUUGAAAGUAUUUCUAUAUUGUAAAAUGGGAGAAGUUAACAGUAUCAUUAGAAUGGAAUAAACCAGUGGACAUUUCAGUUGAUAUGAAGAUAAUAUCUCAGACAACCUUCAAAAUUUGUUAUCUUUGAAGAGCUUCCUAUUUGCUUCUGUUUCUUGACACUGGUGAUGAUAGAAAUAUCAGCAUCCUGGUGAUGGGGAGAUAGAUAGACUCUGAAUUAAUGACUUCAUGUUUAGAAAAUGAGGUCAAAUAUUAAAACAUAAUAGCUGUGUUCACUUAGAAAAUAAAGAAGCUUUAUAAAACAUUUUUUUCAAUUCUCCAGAUCAAUAUUCUGUCAUUACUUAGAUAACACUGGAGGAGAGAAGAAAAAGUCAAUCAGGGCAUGAAAAUUAGGAAGGUAUAUAAAGAUGAAGGUAAGCCAGUAGAUAGAUUUUUAAGCCUGUGAAGCUUGUCAGCUAUGAGUAAGUUUCUGUCAAUUUCCUUUAGGUCAUAGUGCUUUUCUUAGGUCACAUCCUUUUGUAGGAGAGAAAAUGCCAAAUACUCACUUGUUAUUAGCAAGGAACAUCAGUGAGGCUUACUUUUUUCUCUGUGUAAGGCAUAUAAGAAUUAUCCUUGAAGAACUGGUACUAUGAAUCAAUUUUAUGCUUCUGAAUUCUCAUAAUUAGAAUUUAGACUUGGAAGUUGAAUCUUAAACUAAGGUGUUUUAUGUUUUGCUUGAGUAAGAGUGGGCAGAGAAAAUUGUUCACUUGAAUACCAGAUUUUUAUUUAAUCAUGACAGACACCCAGCCUUAUAAUUUAAAUAAAUUUUAUAUUGUUACUUUGAAAGAAAUCACUAAGGGAAAUCUUUUAAUUGACUUUAAAGAGAUUAGGUCCUUUUAUAUAUUAACAUUUAUAAAAUGAGUAGCAUUGUCAUUGUCUUUGUCAUCUUUCCAAUGAAAAGAUUCAAGUACAUAGACUAUGUUAAAUAUAAAUAUUAUAUAAAUAUUAAAUAAUAUAUAAUAUGUAAUACACAGUGUGUGAAUGUGAAGGUUGGUCUCUCUUCAACUACAUCAUUAAAUAACUCUCCUCUGUAAAUAAAUAGUUAAACCUGUCUUUAGGAUUUAAGUUUUGACUAAAACAAGAAAUGAAAUCUAAUCUGUUGUUUUCCUUUAUUAGUCAGACUCAUAGAUUGUCUGAAUUGCUGUUCUUCUCAUCAGCUGAAAUUGUCCUUUCCCAGUAAGUCUUAAUAUUUGAUUUGCUUUAAACUUGACCCCCAUCCGCAACAUUGUUCUGGAGAAUUUUCCUACAUCAGAUACCUGCUGGUACUUUUUCUGAUGUAAUUAAGCAACAACAAUAUAGUGUUACCAGUCAUCAUUUCAUUAUUAAAAUGUUGGCCACAGCCUUACUUCUUUAAUUUGAAUCUAGCAUUUUCUAAGCCAGUGCUUUUUAAUUGAGAUUGCAGAUUAGACUUAUCUGUGAAGUUUUAUAAAUACAGAAAUCUGGGCAGUGCUCUGGACUUCCUGAAUCUCUUUACUUGAUAUUCUUGGAAUUAAAAAAUUGUGUUUCUGAAUUAUUAUAUUAAAUCUUAAGAGUUUUCUUCAUAGAAACUAUGUCCAGCCAUUAGAUCAAAUUAGAUCUGAUAUUCACAGGCCUAUCUGAAAAAUAGUUUAAUUAUUAUCAUAGGAGACAUUCUGUCCAAAAUUUGCUUGGGAUGGCUUACUUAUCUUUGUUUUGCAUGCCAUAGAAACCACCAAAUUUCCUUUUUAGCUGAAUUAUUCUUAUCAUAAACUCUAUUCUCACCUUUCACAGUUGAAAUUGUAACUAAUAUUUGCCUCCAAAAAGUGUUUGCUUUUAUUAGUUCCUAGUGACUAUCAGUGAAUAUUGCAUAUUUGAAUUAACUAAUAUUUUAAAGUAUUAAUAAGAGCAUGAGUAAUAAAACACUAGAUUUAAAACAAUUAAAUUUUUUAUAGCCUUGAUGGCAGUAAUCAAUAGUUUUCCUAACUAAAAAUCAUUGGAUAAAUUCCCUAAGUACUUCUGAUGACUUUUGUAAGUAUAGCCUCUGUGUGGAAGUAAUUUUUAAUAUUUUAUAUGAAAAGUACUAGUAUUACAGAAAAUAAAGCAUUAACAUUCAAGAUAUUAGGCCUAUUGAAAUGAUUCUGUUUUCUACAUUAGAAAUACAAGGCUAUUGUAGGUUAGAGGAAUUACAUAAUUUUCUUCAGUAUUAGAACCUUGUGUAUAAGUGGUUAUAUAUCACCAUACUUUUCUGUAGGUUGUACUAAUUCAUCAGACACAUUUUCUUAGAUUACCUCACUGACAUUUGUCACAUGUGGAUAGUUUCUAAACACAUCAUAGGGUGUGGACCUAUGAAGCUAAUGACUUUAGUGAAAAACAAGAGAUACAACUAUAUUUAGUUUUGUCUUAAUGCCUAUAAUCUUAUGAACUGAAAAUUCAAAUGAAAAGAACAAGUAGAAAUCACUAAUUCAACAUUUGUUUUCCAUAGUAUAGUUUUAAUAUGCUUCCUUGGAAGCCUAUUUUGCAAUAUUACCAUAAUAAUAAUAACAACAACACAACUUUGGCAUUGAAAGAAUUACCUAUUCAUUUUUCAAAGUUGACUGUGAGUUGAGUUUUGGAUGUUUGUGUGUGUAUGUGUGUUUUUAUUUAUAAUAGCUGUCUCACUAUUUAAAAUGUUUCACUAUUUUUGAAUGUACAGAGUGAUUAGCUAUUUGAAAAUAAUACUACAAUGUAGCAUUGUAAUUUGAGUAUAAAGGAAAGUUAGGAUUUAAACAAUGUUGCUCAUGUGAUUAUAUAUUAAUGAUAACAUAAUAAAAAAGUUAGGAUUUAAGUAGGAUUGAAAAAUAAAAUUAUAUUUUAUUGAUUGAAUUUUAAACUUUAAAAUGUCUUACUCCAAUUGGACCUUAAAAUUUUUAUUUUGGUAGUAAACCAUUUCAGCUUAAUAUGUGUUAAAACCAAAGGUCCUCUGGUAGCCAGUGUACUAAGUAGUUAAUGUAAAAAUGAUGUUUUUGAUGUUCCUUCUCUUGAAAUCAUUUUCCCACACUAAGCAAUGUGUUUUAAGAUUUAGUGGGCUCAACCUACAACUUCAAAAAACAAUCCUCUUCUAUUUUGAAAGGAAAAAAAUCUAUUAUGCGAGUCAUAUUAUUUUGCUAUUCAGAAUGCUUUAAUUAUAUUAAUCAAUAAACACUUCAGAAAGUGUUUCUGGUAAGGAAAUACUAGUUGUCUUAACUGAAAAAAAUUUCAACUUCCUGGUUUCUUACAUAGGCAUUAAAAAGAAUAACUUUAUUUCUUCUUUUGGAAUUUUGAUUACUUUGUCUUGAAUAACUUUUAAAAUAUUUAAUUAUAAUAAUUUCUACACUUCUCCCAAAAUUAUGGUAUGUUAUAGAUUUUUACUGUUAAGGAUCUUUUACAUUCUAGACUGUUUUUUCCCUAUCCUGCUUUUUUAUUGCUCUCUGUGAUUCCAUCACCAAAAAUUUCUUGUGGCUACUGUUUAUUUUGUAUUUAGCUUUACAUAAUUGUUUAAAAAAUCAUGUGACUGGUCUUUUAAGAAACCCCUAAUAGGCAGGCAUGACUUUCUUUCCCUGAACUGUUUGCUUUUAUAGACUUAGAACAAAAAAUUCAGCAGAAAGUAACCAAGAGGUCUAGUCAGACAGUCAUUUUCUAUCAGAUGGAUUGCUAUAGAGGUGAAUCUAUUAAGGCAGAGAAAUAUCAAAUACAUAUGAUUUGUCUCAUGUCACUUCUUCUGGGACCCAGAUUAAAUAGGAGCAUUUCAGUGUUACAGAGGGUGACAAUGACUUUAAUGCAUAUAUAUGCAUAUUGUCACUUCAGAGUGGGAUUGUUGAAAAAUUGGAAUGACUGGCUAAAAAAAAAUACUUGCAAAGCGUGCUGCUAGUUAAAUAUUUAAAGAAUUCAGAAAGUUGCAGUUAUUGUAAAAUGUUCCUUCUCAUUUAUUUUACUGGAAUUGACCAUUAAAAAGAAUAUUAACCCUUAUUUAUAUCUUAUUACUGACUGUGCAAACUGUGAUUCAGUGAAUAUUUGUAUGCCAAAAAGGUUUUAAAGUUGAGAAAGUUUUAGAUUUAAUGAACAUGUGUAAAUAAUUUUGAUUAGUAUUCUCAUUAUAAUGACGUUACUCUUAAUUUGGUGCAAUACAUUCUUGCCUUCCUCAUCCUUUUAAAGUUAAAUGGGAUGUAUGUUUUGUUUUGUUACUUUGAGUGCUAUUUUAAAAAUUUUCAGUGUGUAUAUAAGCUAAUGUUUGAUUUGUUUCUGUAUAGCAUGAUUGAGAUAAUAAUUGAAAAUUUUGCACUUUUUUAAUCCUUUGGAAAUUUAUAUCCUAACAGUUUUUAAGAAUGUACAUUUAUUUUGUACAUUAGCUUUGUACAUGAAAAUGGGUUUAAAUCAAAUAAAAAGAUGAUGCUAGUUUCUUCA